GCCGCAAAGACGAUCCGCGUCUCCCUCGGCAGCCUCGUCUUCACGCCCGACACCGUCACGGCGGCGGUCGGCAACGUCAUCGAGUUCAGCUUCCCCGUCAACAACAGCGCUACCAUGAGCGACUUCGACACCCCCUGCACACCAGCCAAGGAGGCGGCGGGAUUUCACUCAGGGUUUUUCGCUACUUCUAGCAGGCAGAACAAAACCGCAUUCCAAAUCACAGUAAACACAACAAACCCAAUAUUCAUCUACUGCGGCUUCCUCACGCAUUGCCAGAACGGGAUGACCGCCGUCGUCAACCCGAACGACACCCAGACGCUCGAGGCCUACCGCCUCGCUGCGAAGGAGGUCGAGCGCACGAUCGUGCUGGACGGUGGGGCGUUUGGUGGCCGGCUCGUUGCUGCU